AAUUUUACAAUUCCCAGAUAUAAAUUUCUCGCCAUUUUUUCGUCUGGUUAACGGAAAAAAAAAAACGAGAAGUUGGAGGAAGGAGAGGGAAAAGAAAGGCGGAGAGAGAGAAAGAGAGAGAGAGAAUGGGAGCAGUGAAGAUCUGGAACGCCAUGGAGGUGGCGGAGGAAGCGAGAGAGAACAGUAGCUCGGAGAUUCAUUCCUCUCCUCUCACCGUUGAUUCCUCCCUUCCUCUCCCUGACACGAUCCCCCGAGUCAUUGAGCUGUGCAAGGAUAUUUUCAAGGAGUGGUCGAAUUUGGACGAUUCACAUUUUUGUGUUGAGACCGUUUCUGGUGGCAUCACAAAUCUCUUGCUGAAAGUAUCUGUCAGGGAAGAAAACGGAAAUGAUGUUUGCGUCACCGUUAGAUUGUAUGGCCCUAAUACUGAAUAUGUUAUCAAUCGUGAAAGGGAAUUGCAGGCCAUUGGUUACCUCUCAGCUGCAGGAUUUGGUGCCAAAUUACUUGGAGUGUUUGGAAAUGGCAUGGUGCAGUCUUUUAUCAAUGCACGCACACUAACCCCACCUGACAUGAGAAGACCAAAGCUGGCUGCUGAAAUUGCAAAGCAACUUCAUAAAUUUCAUCAGGUGGAAGUCCCGGGUUCUAAAGAACCACAGUUGUGGAAUGAUGUCUUCAAGUUUUUUGAGAAAGCUUCUGAUAUUAAAUUUGAUGAUAACGAGAAACAGAUAAAGUAUGAAAGUAUUUCAUUUGAAGAAGUUCAUAAUGAAGUCGUUGAGCUCAAGAAAUUAACAGAGCAUCUUAAUGUUCCCGUGGUGUUUGCUCACAACGAUCUACUUUCUGGGAAUUUAAUGCUCAGUGAUGAUGAAGAGAAACUCUACUUCAUUGAUUUCGAGUAUGGAUCAUACAAUUACAGAGGCUUUGACAUCGGAAAUCACUUCAAUGAAUAUGCAGGCUAUGAUUGUGACUACAGCUUAUACCCAGACAAAGAUGAGCAAUAUCAUUUCUUCAGGCAUUAUUUAAAACCUGACAGACCACAUGAGGUUUCUGAUGAAGAUUUGGAAGCUCUGUACAUUGAGACAAAUACUUUCAUGCUAGCUUCACACUUAUAUUGGGCUUUAUGGGCUUUAAUCCAGGCAAAGAUGUCUCCCAUCAAUUUUGAUUAUCUUGGUUAUUUCUUUCUGCGAUACGAUGAGCACAAAAAGCAGAAGGAGAAGUGCUAUUCCCUUGCUCGAUCUUACCUCUCAGGACAUGGGACGGGAUAGAUUCUGUCUUUUUCACAUCUCACCCGCAGUCCUAUACAACAGAGUAGGGAGAGCUCGAGCUCUUUAGUUAGAUCAUUUUGUAAAAAUUCUUUUGUAGCUAUUCUUGAAAAAAGAGUAGAAAGCAAAAUUUAAUUGUGAUUUUUGGGGUUUACCUAGGUCGAUGCAUGCUGUUGUAAUUCUUUAUGUGCAUGAAACGUCUAGUUGAUUAUUUUGUGAAAUUAUGUUUUCAUAUUUAAUCUGAUCAGUCAUCUCAACAUGAAAAUAUUGGAAGAAA